GUCCGUAUCGCAUGCUUAAAAACAAACGUAGGACCAGAUAAUAGUUGAAAAUGAUAUUUCCUGUACAAAUAGCUGUUAAUAUUUUUCUCAUCCACCAUUAUUUGUUUCUCCAGCAAGUAAAAUGCUUUCCUGAUAUGUUCCACAAACAAGCCGUUAACUUGACACCAUCCGAUGAUUAUUGUCCAAAAAACAGCCUUUGUGAAAAUCCACCAAACUACCCUACAGAAAAUAUUCGUCAAGCAUUUCAACCGCACUCUUUAGUUUUCCGUACAAAAGAAGUUGAAAAUUAUGCACCUCAUAGAAAUAUCACAGAUAUUAUGAAUCGCGCAUCAUUCAAUCAAGCUGAUAUUGAAGGAGAGCUUUGUCCUUCACUGAAAAAAACGUUGCGUCCCAGGCAAGGGACAACUAUUUAUAAUAAGGAAAUAUACAUAGUUAAUUUGGAAGACAUUUUCAUUCAAGAAGUUGAUGUUGAAUUUUGUGGUGACACCAUACAGGAAACCAAAUGCAGAUUUGUUGAACCAGACGGCAACGUUAGGACAGUUUGUAGACAACACUAUGUUGGGAAAGAAUUAAUUGUGUUUGAGAACGGUAAGUUGGUGACUCAGGCAAUUAAAAUUCCGAGUCACUGUUGCUGCGAUAUUUCAGAAAACUGAAAUAAUUUUUACUUUCAUUUGUCG